CCGAGUUAAGAGAGCAUGAAUCGUUUAAUUAUAUAGUAGAAAUUAGUUGCUUUUUUUCAUUUUUCUCUGAGACUAAGUAAUCAGUUCCAUUAGUCUUUUACUUUUGACUUCAGUAUCAAGCAGACUAUUUUGGUCUUUUUAAACACUUAAAAUCCAUCAGAUAGUAUUCUCAGCUCUUUUUGUGUGUGGGUGCUUGCCUCUGGGUCUCAUGAUCUGCGUUUCUUUUAGAUGGGAAUUAGCAAGAGCUGCUGGGUAAGGGUUACUUGAGGGCACUUUGUUAGCAGAACCGUAGCUUGAUCUCUGUUGAGUCUUCGUUUUUACCUUCUGUGCGAAGAACUAGGUAUUUCCUAUUGUUACUGAAUAAUUUGACUUUCCAUUUAUAAAUUUUCCAUUAUUCAAAAAGCUUUAUUUAACAUAUAAUUAUACUACCUAGUCUUUUCAAAGGUGGUUGAUAUAAAUAAUAGAGUUUUAUUUCUUGAAGAGCAGAAGGAGAGGAACAAAACUGUAAUUUCCCUGAGAGAACUUUAGAAUUGAGUCUUUAAAUGGUAUCUUUUUUUCCUGUAUAAUUGAUCUGUAUCUAUAGUACAAAAUGUACAUAGAUGUGUGCAAAUUGGAAAAUAUAAAAUAACAAAUUCUAAUAUCUAGGACUAAUCUUUAGCAUUUCUGUAUAGCCAUCCAGUCCUUCUCUCCCGUAUGUAUAUAGCUGUAUGCAUAUUCCUAAGGAGGAGCAAUGAUAAUUUAGAGCCAGCUUUUUGCUCUAGUGGGCACCUCCCCAUGCAUUUCUGUGUUUGUGUGGGCAUCUUUGUUCAUUUGAGGUCUCAAUGUAUAGCUUAGGCUUGCCUAGAACUUGCUUAUGUGGCCUCAGCCUCCCAGUGUUGAGCGUACAGGUAUGGAACAUCAUUUUAAUGGACAGACAGUGUUCUUUCAGAUGGAUCCAUAAAAAUUUAAUUAGCCUUUUACUCAAGGAAACUAUUUAUGCUGUUUCUAAACAGUAGUGUCUUGCACAGCUUUGUUUCUGUUUUUUUUUUUUUUUUGUUUGUUUUUUGCAUAUGAUCGUUUUUUAGAACAAAUUCCUACAAGAGGAAUUGUUUGGGCUGGGACACGAACAUUAAUUGAAUUCCAGAGAACUGUACGAGCGUAGUCUGCAGCAGGUGGGGAGGUCCUUGUUCUCCUCUAAGGGGUAGUUGGGAUUAGGUCAUUAGACGUGGGGGAGAGUCUCGUAGGCCCGCGUUUCACUGCUCGAGUCUUAAGUGUGUGAAGGGGUUGAGAACCAGCGGUUGGGUGACACACACAGAGUCAAGUUCAGAAUUCAACAGUUCUGGCUCCGAGACCAGUAAUCGCCUCUGUUUUAAGCAGUUCUUUUCCCUGAGAGAAAAUGAGGCAGAACUGGAAGAAGCGAAGAAAAGAAGAGGACUAAGGACGGCCGAGGACAGAGUAUAUGCCUCUGUUUAUCUGCCAGCAGAGCGUGUGUCCAGUUUUCCUUCCUAUUUCUCACUGGUUUUCCUCAGCUCUGCUUUCACUCUCCAUUCCUUAUCGAGAGGUUGGAAGAGUGCGUGACUGCUUAUAGUCACGGAGGAAGUGCUCACCACAGACAAGAAUGUUAUCACAGAAGAGCAUCAUUCUUGAUACUGUCUCCUUCAUUUCCUUGGACCUGCCUGCUGCUCUUCUAAAAUCCUCAGCAACUUUCCUGUAGAAGCAAUGAAACAAUAAUCUUUUCUUAUGGCUUCACAGGAAAGAAAGUAUGCCAGAGUGGACAUUCUGUCGAAGAACCAGAGUAUCUGGUUUUGCCUUGGGUUUUAAUAGCACAGUUAAAUUUCACUUGUUUGUAGGUGACAGAUGUUUGGACAGUGUUUUCUAACAAAUGCAUUAAAAUUUGCUAAAAAGCCCAGAAACCAAUGGCAGACACCAUGAAGUGUCUAGACUAGAAGUCUGGGUUAGAUCUGGCCUUUUAAAAAUAUCUUUGUUUAUCACAGAAACCUUGCAGGAAGACUGACUGUGUCUGAGCACUGUUAGGUUCUCUGUGAAACAGGUCUGAGUCAUUAAGACAGUAGCCCCGUACUUCUGAAAGGCUUGUGCAGUUCCAGCAGGUGGCAGCUAGUGCGUGGGUUUCCACGGGGUAAAUAAAGGUACCUCCCUCCUGCAGCCUUACUCUUCCAUUCCCUUUGCCCUCAGUGUGCUCUGGUGAUGGAUCUCUUUGAAAUGUUUCGUUUCCGUUGAACUGAAACCUGGGUUUACUGACUGUGCGAUAAUUUGAAUGUUGCAUGUUUUCUCUUUUCCCAGAACCAAUACCUGACUAUAACCACAAAUGCUAGGAACAUCACUUAAUCCCACUCAGCAUCUGUCACUCCCAUAGAUAAACAAAGCUCGUCACUUACACCCUUCAGAGUGUGCCUGCGUUUUUCUCUGAACUUUUGAACUGAUUUCUUUUCUCCCUCUUUUUUGAUCUUUUCUCCAUGGAUUCAAAAGGAAAAGACCAGAAUCAAGCACUUCGGCUCUGCCUGGGCAGCACAAGCGUCGGGGGACAGUAUGGAGCCAUCUCUGCCCUCAGCAUCAACAACGACUGCUCACGACUUCUUUGUGGCUUUGCUAAAGGACAGAUCACCAUGUGGGAUUUGGCCAGCGGGAAACUUCUCAGGUCAAUAUCAGAUGCUCACCCUCCAGGGACAGCCAUCUUGCACAUCAAGUUUACAGACGACCCGACUCUUGCAAUCUGCAACGACAGCGGAGGCUCCGUGUUUGAACUCACGUUUAAGAGAGUGAUGGGAGUGAGGACGUGUGAAUCGAGGUGUCUGUUCAGCGGCUCCAAGGGUGAAGUUUGCUGCAUUGAGCCCCUGCAUUCUAAGCCCGAGUUGAAAGAUCACCCCAUCACACAGUUUUCACUGUUGGCCAUGGCGUCUUUAACAAAGAUACUGGUCAUUGGGUUGAAACCAUCCCUGAAAGUAUGGAUGACCUUUCCCUAUGGACGGAUGGAUCCGUCCAGUGUUCCGUUGCUGGCCUGGCACUUCGUGGCAGUGAAUAACCAUGUGAAUCCCAUGCUUGCCUUCUGUAGAGGAGAUGUGGUUCAUUUUCUCUUGGUUAAGAGAGACGAGUCAGGCGCAAUACACGUUACCAAGCAAAAGCACCUUCACCUGCACUACGAUCUGAUCAACUUUACCUGGAUAAACUCACGCACAGUUGUGCUUUUAGACAGCGUGGAGAAGUUGCAUGUGAUUGAUCGGCAGACGCAGGAGGAGUUGGAGACAAUGGAGAUCUCAGAAGUCCAGCUGGUCUAUAACAGCAGCCACUUCAAGUCACUGGCCACGGGAGGAAACGUUAGCCAGGCUCUGGCUUUGGUUGGAGAGAAGGCUUGCUAUCAGUCCAUCAGUAGCUAUGGUGGUCAGAUCUUCUAUCUGGGGACAAAGUCUGUUUACGUGAUGAUGCUAAGGAGCUGGAGGGAGAGAAUGGAUCAUCUCCUGAAACAGGAUUGUCUCACAGAAGCCUUGGCUCUUGCGUGGUCUUUCCAUGAAGGAAAGGCAAAGGCAGUCGUGGGGCUAUCGGGGGAUGUCAGUAAGAGGAAGGCUGUUGUCGCGGAUCGGAUGGUAGAGAUCCUGUUCCAUUAUGCAGACCGGGCUCUGAAGAAGUGCCCAGACCAGGGGAAAAUCCAGGUGAUGGAGCAGCAUUUUCAGGAUAUGGUGCCAGUCAUAGUGGACUACUGCCUCCUGCUUCAGCGAAAGGAUCUUUUAUUUAGCCAAAUGUAUGACAAAUUAAGUGAAAACUCAGUGGCAAAAGGAGUGUUCUUGGAGUGCCUCGAGCCCUACAUUUUAAGUGACAGAUUGGUGGGGAUUACACCCCAGGUCAUGAAAGACUUGAUUGUUCAUUUCCAAGACAAAAAGCUAAUGGAAAAUGUGGAAGCCCUCAUUGUACACAUGGACAUCACCAGCCUAGACAUUCAGCAGGUGGUUCUCAUGUGUUGGGAGAAUCGUCUGUAUGAUGCCAUGAUCUAUGUCUACAACAGAGGCAUGAAUGAGUUUAUUAGCCCAAUGGAGAAACUUUUCAAAGUUAUUGCCCCUCCUCUGAAUGCAGGAAAAGCUCUCACAGAUGAGCAAGUUGUUAUGGGUAACAAGCUCCUGGUGUAUAUCAGCUGUUGCCUGGCAGGUCGUGCCUACCCCCUUGGUGACAUCCCUGAAGAUCUUGUUCCCUUGGUUAAAAACCAGGUGUUUGAGUUUCUGAUUCGUCUGCAUUCCGUAGAAGCGUCCUCCGAGGAAGAAGUCUAUCCUUAUGUUCGGACUUUGCUACAUUUUGACACAAGAGAAUUUCUGAAUGUAUUGGCACUGACCUUUGAAGAUUUUAAAAAUGACAAGCAAGCUGUGGAAUACCAACAACGCAUUGUGGAUAUUUUACUGAAAGUUAUGGUGGAGAAUUCAGAUUUCACCCCAUCACAAGUGGGGUGUCUCUUUACAUUCCUCGCCCGGCAGCUCGCAAAGCCCGACAAUACCUUGUUUGUGAACAGAACUCUCUUUGAUCAAGUCCUUGGCUUCCUCUGCAGCCCUGACGAUGAUUCCCGCCACUCUGAGAGACAGCAGGUCCUUUUAGAACUGCUGCAGGCUGGAGGCAUAGUCCAGUUUGAAGAGAGUCGGCUCAUCCGCAUGGCAGAAAAGGCUGAAUUUUAUCAAAUCUGUGAAUUUAUGUAUGAGCGAGCACACCAGUAUGACAAAAUCAUCGACUGCUACCUGCAUGACCCGCUGAGAGAGGAAGACGUCUUCAAUUACAUCCACAACAUCUUAUCUAUCCCUGGCCAUAGUGCUGAGGAGAAGCAGUCUGUGUGGCAGAAAGCAAUGGAUCAUAUGGAGGAACUUGUGUCCCUGAAGCCCUGUAAAGCUGCUGAGCUGGUUGCUACUCACUUUUCUGGACAGAUCGAAGUAGUCAUUGGACAGCUUCAGAACCAGGUUUUGCUUUUCAAAUUUUUGAGGAGUCUUCUUGACCCAAGGGAGGGUGUUCAUGUCAAUCAGGAACUGCUGCAGAUACCGCCUUGUGUUACAGAGCGGUUCAUCGAGCUGCUCUGUCAGUUCAGUCCAGACCAAGUCAUAGAGACGCUGCAAGUCCUCGAGUGCUACCGUCUAGAGGAAACCAUUCAGAUCACACAAAAGUAUCAGCUCCAUGAAGUCACUGCAUAUCUGUUGGAGAAGAAAGGGGAUGUUCACGGUGCCUUCCUCCUGCUGCUGGAGAGACUGCAGAGCAGACUGCAAGAGAUAACACAGCAAGGGGGAAAUACCAAGGAGGCUUUUCCACUGAAGGGUGUUGAAGAUACCAUGGUAGAGACAAUUGCUCUUUGCCAGAGAAAUUCACAGAAUUUGAAUCAGCAGCAACGAGAGGCACUGUGGUUUCCAUUGUUGGAGGCGAUGAUGGCACCACAGAAGCUCUCCGGCUCAGCUGCUCCUCAUCUGCACUGCGAAGCUCUGAAGUCUUUGACCAUGCAAGUUCUAAACAGUAUGGCGACGUUCAUCGCCCUGCCGUCCAUCUUACAGAGAAUCCUGCAGGACCCAAUUUAUGGAAAAGGAAAACUUGGAGAAAUCCAGGGCCUUAUUCUGGGGAUGUUGGACACCUUUAACUAUGAGCAAACCUUGCUGGAAACCACAACCAGCCUUCUGAACCAAGACCUCCAUUGGUCACUGUGUAACCUCAGGGCUUCAGUCUCCAGAGGACUCAAUCCCAAACAGGACUACUGUUCUAUAUGUUUACAGCAGUACAAGAGACGCCAAGAAAUGGCUGAUGAAAUCAUUGUCUUCAGCUGUGGCCAUUUGUAUCAUUCAUUCUGUCUACAAAGCAAGGAAUGCACCCUGGAAAUUGAGGGCCAGACCAGAUGGACCUGUUACAAAUGCAGCUCAAGUAAUAAAGCGGGCAAACUCAGUGAAAAUCCUUCUGAGAAUAAGGACGGACGGCUAGCCUCCUCACAGGUGAAAACGUCGCCAUCAUAUCAUCAGUCAAAAGGGGAGCCUCCUGCCAGGAAGGCAAACUCCGAGCCAGCUCUGGAUCCACAGCAAAUGCAAGCCUUUGAUCAGCUCUGCCGGCUCUACCGAGGAGGUUCUCGGCUGGCUCUCCUUACGGAACUCUCCCAGAACCGCAGCGGCGACAGCUGUCGGCCAUUUGCGGGCUCCCAGAGCGGCCCUGCUUUCAACAGUGUCUUCCAGAACGAGAACUUCCAGCUGCAGCUAGCACCUCCGCCUGUGGCUGAAGACUGAGGCCUCCCUGGAAGAGCCCCGCACUCCAUGGGGCAGAGGGGCCUCCUGGACCGGCUCAGCCUCUGCCUCCCGCACCCCUGCACAGAGGCCCUGAGGAGGGCCCUUGUACCCACCCUCCCAUCUCAGUGUGGUCUCCCUGUGGUAACAUCAGUCCAGCAGACAGGCCGGUUUCAUUUUGCUCGGAAUUCUGCCCAGCCCUUUAGAAAAUAACAUUUACCCAAUGGCAUUCCAUGUAAGUAACAUGGGAGUCGGGAGGGAGGGCAAUUGGCUGUGGAAAGCAAAGCUUGGCCUGGAAAGAGCAGCAGUCUGGGAAGCAGCCAUGCCUGUUGGUGUUUGUGAAACUCAUGUGAGCAGGAGACCUGCCCUUCAAAACAAUAAACGUCUCAGUGUUUGAGUUCCACAUGCC